AUGAGUAGUUCAAUGGAGAGUGGCUUACCAAAUUGCUAUCAGUACGUCAAGGUUCCAUUGUCUCUUCUGUCAAAGUACUCGCACACAAUGGGAGAUCCAGGUCAAUAUCAUCAAUGGUCUGAUCCUCAACUUAAAUUGCUAUUACAGCUACUAGUGGAUGCAAAUAAUCAAGGUUUCCGCCAAUCUGAUGGUAAAUUCAACAAACUCACGAUAGAGACAAGAAUACUUUCAACUCUAAACCAAGAGCUUGGAUCUUCCAUAACCUAUAGCCAGUAUAGAAAUUGGAUAAAGAUGUUGAAGGCUAGGUACCAAAGUCUUGCAGAAUUUCUUCGUUGUAGUUCUGGUUUUGGGUGGGAUCGCGAAACGAAAAAAUUCACAGCAGAUGAUGAAGUAUGGAAUGUCUAUUUGAAGGCUCAUCCAGAUAAGAAAUAUAUGCGUGAUGAUUCCUUUGAAGAUUAUGAGGAGUUAAAAACGAUAUAUGGUCCAAAUACUGCAAGUGGACAAAAUGAUAUUGAUUUUGUGCAGCAAGCAUCUGAGCGUGAAGUGUUUUCGUCUUCAUCAGGACAAAGUCAGGGAGAAAAGCUUCCCCAAAGAAAGAAAGCUAGAACUGAUGCAUAUAACUCCAACAUGGUUGAUGAUGAACCAGAUCUUUGGCAUGAUAAAAAAAAAAGAUGGGAAAAAGAAGCUGAGGACAAAGCUAACAAUGUUUGGGAUGCUAUCAAAGAAAUUCCUGAUUUAGAUGACGACUUGCAUUACGAGGCGAUGACACUUGUUCACAGCUUAGGUAUGAAAUCUGGUUUAGUGAAUAUGUCUAUAACAGACCGUUGUGGAUGGAUUAAACGAAACCUUCGUAAACCAAAUGGCUGA